GGCGCCUCGCCCGCCAGAAAGUUUCCCAGGAGUUGGCUGAGAGCGGGCCGGACCAUGAACGUGUUUCGUAUCCUGGGCGACCUGAGCCACCUCCUGGCUAUGAUUUUGCUACUGGGGAAGAUCUGGCGCUCCAAGUGCUGCACGGGCAUCUCCGGGAAGAGCCAGAUACUUUUCGCUCUCGUCUUCACCACCAGGUACCUGGACCUGUUCACCAACUUUAUCUCCAUCUACAACACAGUAAUGAAGGUGGUUUUUCUCCUCUGUGCCUAUGUCACGGUGUACAUGAUCUAUGGCAAAUUCCGGAAAACAUUUGACAGCGAGAAUGACACAUUCCGCCUGGAGUUUCUUCUGGUCCCAGUCAUUGGCCUCUCCUUCCUUGAAAACUACAGUUUCACUCCUCUGGAGAUCCUCUGGACUUUCUCUAUCUACCUGGAAUCAGUGGCCAUCCUGCCCCAGCUCUUCAUGAUCAGCAAGACUGGAGAGGCUGAGACCAUUACUACUCAUUACCUGUUCUUUCUUGGGCUAUACCGGGCCCUCUACUUGGCUAACUGGGUCAGGCGGUACCAGACUGAGAAUUUCUACGACCAAAUCGCAGUGGUGUCUGGGGUAGUGCAGACCAUCUUCUACUGUGACUUCUUCUACUUGUAUGUGACCAAAGGUAGGUGCUGCGAGCCCAGUGCAGCUGGCACUGUCUCAGUUACCAAUCCACUCAAUGUUUGAGGGGAUAUGGAAGUGAACAGAGGCAAGUCUGUGUGCCCCUCAUGGUGCUUACAUUCUAACAUGGGAAGACAAAUGUUUUCAGGAAA